UCGGUUGCGCCUUGAAGCGGGGAGGAAGCCGAUGAACAUCAACAGAAGUCCUUGUUACAUUCUGUAAGAAAUGCGAACGGAAUUGCGACGUGUUUGAGGUUCUACUAAUGAGAGGCUAUGGCUGAAAGGCCGGCUGGACCGGUAUCAAGGAAAGGCACAGUUUUUGGGAUUUGGAGGAAUCAACUGAGUGUUUUGCACCUUGUUAUGAACCUGGCAGUUCCUAGGAGAGAACUGGGGAGUCCAAGGCCAUAUUCCUAGUGUCUGCUGUCUUCUCUUUUUGACUAUUCAUGCCUGCUCUGUGUUUCCUGGUUUGAGACCACUCCUGGCCUUGAGUACUGUGUUCCCAGCCUAUCCCCCUCCUGUAGCUUGCCCCCGCUGUGUAUUGGCCUGCGAUGGCGCGGCGGGACGCUGAGGGUUGCCGCGGCAGACUGUGAUGUCAGAGCCCGGCAGCCCGGGCGAGAGCCAGCACGGCGCUCCCAAGUUCUUUGUGGGCUGCGAGGACGAUGAGAGCGAGAGUCUGGAGGACUGCAGCAUGAGGACGGACAUGGAGCUGUACGAAGAUGAUGAGGAGGCUGAUUCGCCUCCAGAGCGGCAGAUUGUGGUAGGAAUCUGCUCCAUGAUGAAGAAGUCCAAAUCUAAGCCCAUGACUCAGAUCCUUGAGCGGCUCUGCAAGUUUGAGUACAUUACUGUCGUCAUCUUCCCUGAAGACAUCAUACUCAAUGAGCCUGUGGAGAACUGGCCUCUUUGUGACUGCCUCAUCUCCUUCCAUUCUAAAGGAUUUCCUCUUGACAAGGCAGUGAGUUAUGCAAAGCUCAGGAACCCACUUCUCAUUAAUGACUUGAACAUGCAGUAUUUCAUACAGGACAGGAGGGAAGUGUACCGGAUCUUGCAGGAAGAAGGGAUUGAUUUACCACGCUAUGCUGUGCUAAACCGGGAUCCAGACAAACCAGAAGAGUGCAAUCUUGUGGAAGGGGAGGACCAUGUUGAGGUAAACGGGGAGGUCUUCCAGAAGCCCUUUGUGGAGAAGCCAGUGUGUGCUGAGGACCACAAUGUCUACAUCUACUAUCCAACAUCUGCUGGAGGGGGCAGUCAGCGACUUUUCCGAAAGAUUGGAAGCCGUAGCAGUGUAUACUCCCCAGAAAGCAGUGUGCGGAAGACAGGCUCCUACAUCUACGAAGAGUUCAUGCCCACAGAUGGUACCGAUGUGAAGGUAUACACUGUGGGGCCUGACUAUGCCCAUGCAGAAGCCCGUAAGUCCCCUGCCCUGGAUGGGAAGGUAGAGCGAGACAGUGAAGGCAAGGAGAUCCGCUACCCUGUUAUGCUCACUGCCAUGGAAAAACUUGUGGCUCGCAAAGUUUGCCUGGCUUUCAAGCAAACGGUAUGUGGUUUUGACCUGCUCCGGGCCAAUGGCCACUCCUUUGUCUGUGAUGUCAACGGCUUUAGCUUUGUGAAGAACUCUAUGAAGUACUAUGAUGACUGUGCCAAAAUUCUGGGGAACAUAGUGAUGCGUGAAUUGGCUCCUCAGUUCCACAUCCCCUGGUCAAUUCCAACAGAAGCAGAGGACAUCCCCAUAGUGCCCACAACAUCUGGAACCAUGAUGGAACUGCGUUGUGUCAUUGCAGUAAUACGACAUGGAGAUCGAACUCCCAAGCAGAAAAUGAAAAUGGAAGUGAGAAAUUCAAUGUUUUUUGAUCUGUUUGAAAAAUAUGGAGGGUACAAAACAGGAAAGCUGAAACUGAAGAAGCCUAAACAGUUACAGGAGGUACUGGACAUAGCAAGAGAGCUGCUGGCAGAACUGGGGCAACACAAUGAUUGUGAAAUUGAAGAGAAGAAGUCCAAACUGGAGCAGCUGAAAACUGUCCUGGAAAUGUACGGCCAUUUCUCUGGAAUAAAUAGAAAAGUGCAGCUAACCUACCUUCCCCAUGGACAGCCAAAAACUUCCAGUGAGGAAGAAGACUCCCGGAAGGAAGGCCCCUCCCUCUUGCUGGUGCUGAAGUGGGGUGGGGAGCUGACUCCCGCAGGCAGGGUGCAAGCUGAGGAGCUAGGCAGGGCCUUCCGCUGCAUGUACCCUGGAGGGCAAGGGGACUAUGCUGGCUUUCCUGGCUGCGGGCUACUCCGAUUACACAGCACCUACAGACAUGACCUUAAGAUCUAUGCCUCCGAUGAAGGCCGGGUUCAGAUGACUGCAGCAGCUUUUGCAAAGGGACUGCUGGCCCUUGAGGGAGAACUCACACCUAUCCUGGUGCAGAUGGUAAAGAGUGCCAACAUGAAUGGCCUGCUGGACAGCGACAGUGACUCUCUCUCAGGCUGUCAGCACCGUGUCAAGGCACGGCUGCAUGAAAUCAUGCAGAAGGAUAUGAACUUUUUGGAGGAAGACUUUGACAAGCUGGCUCCCACAGGAAGUCAGUCUUUGGUGAAUUCCAUGAAAAUAGUGGAGAAUCCAGUGAAGACAUGUGACGAAGUUUAUACCCUUAUUCAGAGCCUCACUACUCAGAUCCGUAAGAGACUUGAAGACCCCAAGUCAGCAGAUCUACAGCUUUACCACAGUGAGUCUCUGGAAUUGAUGCUUCAGCGCUGGUCCAAACUGGAGCGGGACUUUCGGAUGAAGAAUGGUCGCUAUGACAUUAGCAAAAUUCCAGAUAUCUAUGACUGUGUGAAGUAUGAUGUACAGCAUAAUGCAUCCCUGGGCCUAGAGGACACACUGGAGCUCUUUAGGCUGUCCCGGGCACUGGCAGAUAUUGUCAUUCCACAGGAGUACGGCAUCAAUAAAGUAGAGAAGUUGGACAUAGCUUAUGCCUACUGCCUCCCUCUAGUUAAGAAGAUCCAGCUGGACCUACAGAGGACUCAUGAGGAUGAAUCAGUCAACAAGUUGCAUCCUCUAUACUCCCGUGGAGUGAUGUCUCCAGGACGCCAUGUGCGGACACGACUUUAUUUUACCAGUGAGAGUCACGUCCACUCCCUACUCAGUAUCUUUCGCUAUGGAGGCCUGCUUGAUGAGGAUAAGGACCAGCAGUGGAAGCGUGCCAUGGACUACCUAGGAGCUGUCACAGAGCUCAACUACAUGACCCAAAUUGUCAUCAUGCUCUACGAGGACAAUAACAAGGACCCUUCUUCUGAGGAACGUUUUCAUGUGGAGCUGCACUUCAGCCCUGGGGUGAAAGGCUGUGACGAUGAGGAGAAUGCUCCAUUGGGCUUUGGCUUCCGCCCAGCUUCUUCAGAGAAUGAGCAGAAGCAGACAGACCCAGGGAGCCUUGAGGAUCUGUCCCAGGAUGAGCCUGAUCGUGCUGUGCCGCUCACUGAACCUAUAAGCAUUCAGAGGCGGUCCCCACUGAUCCGCAACCGCAAGACAGGCUCCAUGGAGGUCCUCUCUGAAACCACCUCCUCCAAAGCUGGCAGCUACCGCCUGUUCCCUUCCUGCUCUCGUCAGUCUCCAGAAAUGAAGCAGAGUGGAUUAGGGUCUCAGUGUGCAGGACUCUUCAGUACCACCGUCCUAGGGGGGUCUUCUAGUGCCCCAAACCUGCAGGACUACGCUCGUACACAUCGCAAAAAAUUCUCUUCUGGCAGUCUGUCCUAUAAAGAUGAGUUGUUGUCUAUGCCGGCAGUAAAGCGAUUUUCUGUGUCGUUUGCAAAGCAUCCGACUAAUGGAUUUGAAGGCUGCUCCAUGGUGCCCUCUAUCUACCCCCUGGAGACACUGCACAACUCGCUCUCGCUCAAGCAAGUAGAUGAAUUUUUGACAGCAGUGUGUGAGAGCGGUGGAGAAUCCCAUUCGAGAACCACUAGAGCUCUCUCUGCCAUGUUUGAUUCUCAGAGUCAACCUUCUGUAGAUGCUUUUAUCCCUCAGAGAGUCUUGUCCUCAACUGUGUCCCUUCGACAUCGCUCAGACCGCCCUCCUUGGUACAGCAGUGGUCCUUCAAGUACAGUAUCCAGCGCAGGGCCCUCGUCUCCAACUACUGCUGACACCUCCCCACGCUUCAGCUUUAGCGAUAAGACCCCGUUGACACCGCAGAGCAGCGAGGAGACACAGGCAGGGCAACAGGGUGGUGGGCCAGCAGCCACAACCCCAAGUCAACCUGUCAGCUUGUCCCCAGACCUUAAUGACCCCAGCACUCAGACAGAUGCACAGGUCCCUGUGGCUCCCCAAGAGGCACUGGAGUUGAGCAAUCGGAGAGCUAAUGUACAAGCUCCUGUUAGUCCUGAUGACCAGACUGUGCUAUAUUGUCAUGCCUACCAGGAACCUGUGGAUGCUGAUCCCUGCAUUGGCCCAGUGGAUUCCUCCUGUGGACAUCCAGAUACCCUCCCUGUCCUCCCAGAGCUGAGGGAGAGCAGCUCUGAGGCAGGUUCAAGCGCACAGACGCCCCUCACCCCGGAGACCAGUGAUGAAUUUUUUGACACACAGGAAGAGGAGGAGGAGCCGGAGGGUUGGAAGAGCAGUCCGGGUGCCCUGCCCCUCUCAGGAGCAACAGUGGAGGUGGGGGCAGCCCAUGCAUCAGAGUCCUAGUGACCCCUUGAAGAACAGACAUGAGCAGAGCUGUCUGAGCACCGAGUCAUCCCUUUUUAGCGGAUCCACUCUUUUGCCCAAAAGGACUUCUUUGAGUCUUGCGUCUUGUGCUGUUAAGCUCCACUCAUCCUUUACAGUGUCCAAGUCAUCUUUGCUUAGAUUGCCUUUCUUGUUGCUGUGGGCUAGUCGGGGGUGGUGGGUAGACAUAAAGCAGGCAGGUAGGCAGGCACACGUGCACUUGUGCUGUAGAGCUCUCCUCAAUACCUUCCCUAUCAGAGAGCAAGGAUGAGUAGGAUGGCAUUCUGGCAGCCCGAGAUCCUACUGGUCUAUGCAAUCCAAGAAGAAGAAAGCACCUUUCUUACCUAAAGCAUCAGUAAAAUGUUCACGGUUUGUGAAGAGAAGGUUGCACUUAGUUUCGGGCUUGUUGCCUACAGAGUGUUUGUCGUUUGACAUUUCUAUGAAUGAUACGAAAGCAGCACAUCUAAACUUAAGAGCUUUCUGUAGGUUGUGUACAUUUUAUGCCUCUGCUGCCUGUAAACAAAUAUUUCCUGCACAAGCUGUAAAGAAUAUAGCUAACUCCCGCCAAGGACCUUCUGCAUUCCUUUGCACCUCUCUGUUAGAGUGAAGAUGGCAUGACUCCUGCAGCAGUGACCAGCUCACACUGGCCAGUAGAUCCAGUCUGACCUCAGAGCACAGAACUGUUCCAUUUUGAACGUGGGUAACCUGAUCUUGUUCAACACCGCAUAUGUAAUUGCCUAUCAUUUCAAAAUGAAACGUACUGAUUCUUUAGUCCUUUUCUAAAUGCAUUGUUUUAAUUUUCUGUUCAAAUAUUACUAUUUGAAUCAUAACAUUUUUCAAAAAGGGGUUUUGAUAAAGCAUAUCAGGUCAUCACCAGUAUCUGCCUUUCAUCUCUGUGUGACUGAACAUGACAAGAAUACAAUUGAGAAGGUACAGCCACUGGACUGCCAUAGAACUUUUAUCCACAUAUAUAUACACGCACACACACACACACACACACACACACACACACACACACACGUGUUCCCACUUCUAAAUUUACUUCCUUGCCAAAGUUACAAGACAUCUGCCAUUAAUAUAAAAUAGUAUUUUUAAUGGUAAAUGAAGCCUAAAGGAUGUACUGUAAGUAGUUUCUUAUCAAGGCUAUAUUUUUGUAGCAUACAUCGCCAUUGUAGACAGGAAAAUGAGUCAUGCAAAACCUCGGUGGCAUUUCUUUUUGCUUCCCUUUUUGUGAAAUUUGAUAUUACGGGAGUUUUGAACAGUGAUCACUAUUAAUACUGCUGUUUUUUUGUAGCAGGCUACGCUCACAUAGUUUUUCUGUGAAUUGUACAGUGAUGGCGCUGAGAUUCUGUAUUUUGUAAUUGGGAUUUGUGUAGUGUUUCAAUUGUUUCGCACUGACGCUGAUUCAUGGAGAUUAUUGUUAUUUAAUGUCAAAUGCUGCUCGUGCAAGCACUGUAAAAUGCUAUGGUUAUGAGAAAAUUAUUAAAUGCUAGACA